AUGCAGCAGUUCUUGGACAAUGCAUCAGAGACCGAGGAAUGCAGUAAAGGGUAUGAAGACAACAGGUCUUUGUCUGCUAGACUGAGGGUGGGGCUGGUCUACACACAGGCGGAGCAGAACGGCCACAGCAAACAGGAUGAAGCUCCGCAUUCGCAUGAAAUCUGGCCAUGCUGCACCUUCCUUCAGGGUUGUGCAGAGGUGUGGGGAGGCCCCACCCAGGAGGCCGGCCCCGGCAGCGGCGACCCUGCCCUGCCUCAGGUCUACGCCCCGCCGCCCUCCUACCCCCCUCCAGGUCAAGGUCCGCCAACAUCUGCAGGCAGACUGCCACCUCUUGAUUUUAGUUCUGCCCAUGCCAGUUCAGAGUACCCCGAACAUCCCCAGCUCAGGGUCUAUCAGGGCCCCCAGCACGACGGGGCAGAGGCAUUGCCAACCGGCAACACGGACGAGGCAUUGGUGCCUGUGACCUCUGACCCCCAGUCUCUGAGUGUGUCGGUGUCGUCUGGAGGCGGAGCUGGAAGUGGAAGUGAUGAGGAAGGGUCAGGUAAGGCCCAACCAAAACGCCUCCAUGUCUCCAACAUCCCCUUCCGCUUCAGAGACCCAGACCUCCGACAGAUGUUUGGGCAAUUUGGCAAGAUCCUUGAUGUAGAAAUCAUCUUCAAUGAAAGGGGGUCAAAGGGCUUUGGAUUCGUCACCUUUGAGAGUGCAGCCGAGGCUGACCGAGCACGAGAGAAGCUGAAUGGAACAAUUGUGGAAGGGAGGAAGAUUGAGGUUAAUAAUGCCACUGCAAGAGUCGUCACCAAGAAGCCUCAAACACCUCUUGUGAAUGGUGAAAUCUCAACUUCUGGAUGGAAGAUCAACCCUGUCAUGGGGGCAAUGUACGCACCUGAACUCUAUACAGUUGCCAGUUUUCCAUACCCUGUAGCUACUCCUACUCUGGCCUAUCGGGGGUCUGCACUGCGCGGCCGAGGCCGAGCCGUCUACAACACCAUCCGCUCUGCUGCAGCCACACCUGCUACUAUGCCCGCCUACCCUGGGGUGGUGUAUCAGGAUGGACUGUAUGGAGCAGAAGUUUAUGGCGGGUAUCCUGCAGCUUACAGAGUGGCUCAAUCAGCAUCUGCUGCUACAGCAACCUACAGCGACGGUUAUGGACGGGUUUACGCCACAGCUGCAGAUCCCUAUCAUCACUCAGUUGGACCAACAACAACAUAUGGGGUUGGUACAAUGGCCAGUCUGUACAGAGGAGGGUACAACCGCUUCACUCCAUACUGAGACGUCCAGAGAAGUCCAAAGAAGUCUCUCUUGAAGUCUGCCUGGGACUGGCUGAUCUGUGGCGCUGCAGGACAGGUUAUGAGAUCCUUCAACUUCUUGGGAAUGUGGAAAUGGUUUUUACCUCCUGUCUAUAUCACAACCUCUCCCCUGAGAGACUAAACAGACUGAAGUUGUAAAUACUAUAAGACUGAAGAGGAUGAUAUGUAAUAUAUAGACAGUUGCGUAACUGAUUAUUGUUUUCUGGAUUUUAAAGAGUAUUAAUGUUGGUAGAUCACUAACACUACAGUUGGUGAACAAUACUGUGAGAAUUACCUUUUUUCUUUUGUGAUUAAUAUCUGAGAUUGUUCAAUUUCACGGGUCAAGCUGUACAAAAACAAGAGAACAUUUUGUACAAUGUAAAGUGACAUAUUUUUGAUGACAAA